AUGCAUUAGCUAAAUCCUCCAAGGAAAUUCAAAACAUACACCUUUGAUUCAAUAAUAGGGUCAGGCGCUUAUGGCAUAGUUUGCAAAUAUAUGAAAGGUGAAAUCCCAUAUGCUAUUAAAUUGGAAAAAUUCGGAAUUUCAAGCUCAUUAUUAAAUGAAAAAAAUAUGUGGAGAAAAAUAAAAUAAAAAAAUAAUAAAGGUAGGCUCAAUGUUCCAAACUUAAUAGACAGUGGAGUACUAGAGACUGAGGACAAAGAAUACUAGGUUUAUUAUCUUGUAUAUGAAUAUCUUGGGCAAUCAUUAUUUGACUACUUUAUAGAAUUAUAAAACUCAUCUAAUGCUAUCUGA